GUAGAAAGUGUGUGUGAGCUGAUGUGGAUGUGAAUUCAGCAGCAUGGAUCAGUGUGAGGACAGAGAGGAGGGAGUCCCUCCCUCUGAAACCACUCUGUGUGGGGAACAUGAGAGCCAGACCAAAGCUCAGAGGAACCAACCUGGACCUCCACCCAGCUCUGUGUCCUUAAAGAGUGACCGGUCUCAAGAAUGUCUGAUUAAAUUUCAAGACCAGCAGCCAUCUGCUGCAGAGAGAGUGGACCAGGAGAGCUCAGAGGUUCCGAAUGAUCAGUCUGACCAGCAGCAUCAAACAAACCUGGACUCCAUAUUUAAGACGCUGGAGGACAACAUCAUCACUUUUGUGAGGAAUGAGCUGCAGAAGAUCCAGAAAGUUCUGAGUCCAGAUUACCCAGAAUGCUUAGAGAGUCAGAGGGAGGAGAAUGAACAGAGGAGGAGCAGCAGAGAGGCAUUUAUGAAGAUCACAGUGGACUUCCUGAGAAGAAUGAAGCAGGAGGAGCUGGCUGACCGUCUGCAGAGAAAAAGCCUUGCUGAAGUUUGUCAUUGUAAACUCAAAUCUACUCUGAAGAAGAAGUUCCAGUGUGUGUUUGAGGGGAUCGCUAAAGCAGGAAACCCAACCCUUCUGAAUCAGAUCUACACAGAGCUCUACAUCACAGAGGGAGGGACUGCAGAGGUCAAUGAUGAACAUGAGGUCAGACAGAUUGAAACAGCAUCCAGGAAACCAAACAGACCAGAAACAACAAUCAGACAAGAAGACAUCUUCAAAGUCUCGCGUGGAAGAGAUGAACCAAUCAGAACAGUGCUGACAAGGGGAGUGGCUGGCAUUGGGAAAACAGUCUUAACACAGAAAUACACCCUGGACUGGGCUGAAGACAAAGCCAACCAGGACUUCCACUUCAUAUUUCCAUUCACUUUCAGAGAGCUGAAUGUACUGAAAGAUGAAAAGUUCAGCUUGGUGGAACUUGUUCAUCACUUCUUUACUGAAACCAAAGAAGCAGGAAUCUGCAGCUUUGAAGACUUCCAGGUUGUGUUCAUCUUUGAUGGUCUGGAUGAGUGUCGACUUCCUCUAGAUUUCCACACAACCACAAUCCUGACUGACCCUAGAAAGUCCACCUCAGUGGAUGUGCUGCUGAUAAACCUCAUCAGGGGGAAACUGCUUCCCUCUGCUCAUCUCUGGAUAACCACACGACCUGCAGCAGCCAAUCAGAUCCCUUCCCAGUGUGUUGACAUCAUGACUGAGGUCAGAGGGUUCUCUGACCCACAGAAGGAGGAGUACUUCAGGAAGAGAUUCAGAGAUGAGGAGCAGGCCAGCAGGAUCAUUUCCCACAUCAAGACAUCACAUAGCCUCCACAUCAUGUGCCACAUCCCAGUCUUCUGCUGGAUCACUGCUACAGUUCUGGAGGAUGUGCUGAAAACCAGAGAGGGAGGACAGCUGCCCAAGACCCUGACUGAGAUGUACAUCCACUUCCUGGUGGUUCAGGCCAAAGUGAAGAAGGCCAAGUAUGAUGGAGGAGCUGAGACAGAUCCACACUGGAGUCCAGAGAGCAGGAAGUUGAUUGAGUCUCUGGGGAAACUGGCUUUUGAUCAGCUGCAGAAAGGAAACCUGAUCUUCUAUGAAUCAGACCUGACAGAGUGUGGCAUAGAUGUCAGAGCAGCCUCAGUGUACUCAGGAGUGUUCACACAGAUCUUUAGAGAGGAGAGAGGACUGUACCAGGACAAGGUGUUCUGCUUCAUCCAUCUGAGUGUUCAGGAGUUUCUGGCUGCUCUUCAUGUCCAUCUGACCUUCAUCAACUUUGGCAUCAAUCUGCUGGAAGAACAACAAACAACCUCCAAGAAGUCUGAUUUAUUUGGAAAAAAAAUAAAUUUUAAAUCUUUCUACCGGGGUGCUGUGGACAUUGCCUUACAGAGUCCAAAUGGACACCUGGAUUUGUUCCUCCGCUUCCUCCUGGGUCUUUCACUGCAGACCAAUCAGACUCUCCUACGCGGCCUGCUGACAAAGACAAGAAGUAACUCACGGACCAAUCAGAAAACACUCCAGUACAUCAAGAAGAAGCUCAGUGAGAAACUUAGUGCAGAGAAGAGCAUCAAUUUGUUCCACUGUCUGAAUGAACUGAAUGAUCGUUCUCUAGUGGAGGAGAUCCAACAGUCCCUGAGUUCAGGAAGUCUCUCCACAGAUGAACUGUCUCCUGCUCAGUGCUCAGCUCUGGUCUUUAUCUUACUGUCAUCAGAAAAAGAUCUGGAUGUGUUUGACCUGAAGAAAUACUCUGCUUCAGAGGAGGCUCUUCUGAGGCUGUUGCCAGUGGUCAAAGCCUCCAACAAAGCUCUACUGAGUGUUUGUAACCUCUCAGAGACAAGCUGUGAAGCUCUGUCCUCAGUCCUCAGCUCCCACUCGUCUACUUUGAGAGAGCUGGAUGCAAGCAACAACAACCUGCAGGAUUCAGGAGUGAAGCUUCUUUCUGUUGGACUACAGAGUCAACAUUGUACACUGGAAACUCUGAGUCUUUCAGGCUGCCUGAUCACAGAGGAAGGCUGUACUUCUCUGGCCACAGCUCUGAGCUCCAACCCCUCCUAUCUGAGAGAGCUGGACCUGAGCUACAAUCAUCCAGGAAUUUCGGGCAUGAAGCUGCUGUCGGCUGGACUGAAGGAUCCACGCUGGAGACUGGACACUCUCAGGGUGGAGCCUGCUGGAGUCCGAUGGUUGAAACCAGGUCUGAGGAAGUAUUUCUGUCAACUCACAAUCGACACAAACACAGUACACACAAACCUCAAACUGUCUGACAACAACAGGAAGGUGACACAUGCUGAGGACGUUCAAUCAUAUCCUGAUCAUCCAGACAGAUUUGAUGUUUAUGAACAGCUGCUGUGUAGAGAUGGUCUGACUGGUCGCUGUUACUGGGAGGUCGAGUGGAAAGGAGACGUUGAGAUAUCAGUGAGUUCCAGAAAAAUCAGAAGGAAAGGAAACAGUACUGACUGUUUGUUUGGAUGGAAUGAUCAGUCCUGGAGUCUCAUCUGCUCUGAUGAUCGUCCUCGUUCUGUCAGGCAAAAUAAGACAGAAAAAUCCAUCUCCUCCUCCUCCUCUUCCUCCUACUCUGUCUCUAACAGAGUAGCAGUGUAUGUGGACUGUCCUGCUGGCACUCUGUCCUUCUACAGAGUCUCCUCUGACACUCUGAUCCACCUCCACACCUUCAACACCACAAUUACUGAAACUCUUUAUCCUGGGUUUUGGUUCAGAGAGAAGAAGAGGAAUUUCUUUGUGGAGAAGCCGGUGUCCUGUUGUGUGUUGUGUCAGGAUGUCCUGAAGGAUUCAUCAACAGACUUCUAUCCCCAAUGUGGAGUCAAGUCUGGAACCAGAACUUAUCAGCAGACAGCCUAUACUGAUCUAGAAAAAUAUUUAGAUGCAUUAAAGAUCACUCUGAGGAAACGAUAUGAACGUGUGAUGGAAGGAACUGAUAAAACAGGAAGUGGAGCCCUCCUCAGAUUGAUCUACACUGAGCUCUACAUCACAGAGGAGCAGAGUGAAGCAGUACACUUCCAACAUGAAGUGAGGCAGGUGGAGAGCGCUUGUAAGAAGACCCUCCAUGAAACACCAAUCAGCUGCCAGGACAUCUUUAAAACCUUACCUGACCAACAGAGACCCAUCAGAGUGGUUCUGACAUAUGGUGUUGCUGGCGUUGGAAAAACCUUCUUGGUACAGAAGUUCACUCUGGACUGGGCAGAGGGCUUGGAGAACCAACACAUCAGUGCGGUGGUUCUGCUUUCAUUCAGGGAGCUGAACUUGGUCAGAGAUGAGCAGUACAGUCUCCUGGAGCUGAUCCAUGUUUUCUAUCCAACAUUACAGAGCGUCACAGCAGAGCAGCUCACUAUGUGCAGUCUUGUGUUCAUCUUUGAUGGCCUGGAUGAAAGCAGAUUUUUGUUGGAUUUCACCAGCAGGAAGCUUGUGUCUGAUGUCACACAGAAGUCUACCAUCAGUGAGCUGCUGACAAAUCUCAUCGAGGGGAAUCUGCUUCCCUCUGCUCUCAUCUGGAUAACUUCCCGACCUGCAGCAGCCAAUCAGAUCCCUCCUAAAUGUGUUGACAGGAUGACAGAAGUGUGA